AUGAUAAUGAUUAUUCAAUGUUUUUCUUUUCCACUAAAUAACCCAAUCAUUAAGAAGGGAUUAGGAAUGAUUGGAGUUAAAAUAUUUGAUCCAUCAUCAUUAGGUGGUGUUGGUGGAUUAAUGGGAAAAAAAGGAGGAAUGGCAAAUUUUGGAAUGGAACAACCAAUGGCAAGAGUUGGAUCAGAAGGUUCUGUUCUUCCAAAAGAGGCAAUUUUAAAAGCGAUUGAAGAAACACAACGAAUUUUUACAUUAGCACUUGAUAUAUGUUUUUAUGGACCUUAUGGUAUUCCAGUUAAGACUCCAAUUAUAGCUCCAGUUGUUUCGUUAUUUAAUUUUCCACUUCCUGUAAUGACUGUUUAUAGACAAAUAGAGCUUUUUAGAAAAAAAUAUACUGCGGAAGAAUAUCUACAAAUAGCUGGUAUGGCAACUCAAGGAUAUAUUGUUUCAAGGAAUCUUAAUUUAAGACAUAGAGUUGAUUUAGGGACAUGGAAGGAUACAAAUCCUGGAUUUUCAUUUUAA